GGCAGAGAGAUAAACAGGUUUUACCGGGUGUAACGUGUUUGCAUUUCGAGAGCAGUGAGAAAAUUUUCCCAUCCACGACAUCAUGUUUAGUUGAGGGAAAUUGUGUUUUGCCCAAACUCUGACGCGAAAUUCUGUGCUGAAGUGACUAUUACUAAGUGUUAUCAAAAAUUGUAGAUUAAAUUAAUCUGUGUACCAAAUCAAUAUUUUUUUGAAAUGCCACAAGUCUACACGAACUCUCACUUCAAAUUGUAGCCAAAACCGACCGUCCUUCCCGCAGAAGAAUUCGAUGCCUCAGCCGAUGCAGCAACCUUACGUGCUGCCAUGAAGGGUUUCGGGACAGAUGAACAGGCCAUCAUUGACGUCCUCUGCGCUCGCUCAAACUGCCAAAGGCAGCAAAUUUCGGCCAAAUAUAGCGAAGAACUGGGUCGUGAUCUGCUACAAGAUCUGAAGUCAGAGCUAUCCGGCAACUUGGAAAAUGUGGUCCUGGGUCUCAUGCUACCACCACUCAACUAUCAAUGCCACCACCUGUUCAAAGCCAUGGAUGGAUUCGGGACCAAUGAGCGCACCCUAAUCGAAGUCAUAUGCUCUCAAAGUAGCGAACAGUUGCAGCAGAUCGCCAAGCUCUACGAGGAGUUGUACAACAGACCUCUGGUGGAGCACGUGUGCUCGGAAACUUCCGGAGAUUUAAGGCGUUUGCUAACGCUGCUGUUGACAACGGCACGCGAUCCACCGAGUAAGGUCGAUCGCGACUUGGCGGAACAACAGGCCAAGCAAAUUUUCGAAGCGGGCGAGGCCAAUUGGGGUACGGAGGAAUCCACGUUUAGUAAGAUAUUGACAAGGUCAAGCUUCGAACAACUGGAGCUGCUGUUCGACGAGUACAAAAAGCUGACGCAACGGGCGAUCGAGCAAGCAUUGAAUGCCGAACUGAGCGGAAAAUUUUACGAAGCCCUCAGUGCCAUUGUCGAGUACGUACGCAGUCCUCCGAGGUUCUUCGCGAAGCGGUUGUACGAAGCAAUGCGAGGUUUGGGGACGGACGAUUCGACGUUGAUUAGGAUUAUCGUCAGUCGAUCGGAAGUUGAUCUGCAGAAUAUCAAGGAAGAGUUCGAGCGGAUGUACAGCAAAACGUUGGAGAAUGCUGUAAAGAGUGAAACAUCGGGAGAUUAUGGACGAAUUCUAUGUGCGUUGAUUGGAAAGCCCUAAAUAGAUUAUAAAUGUUGAAUGUAUAAGAUUCUGUGAA